AUGUUUUAUUUUAAAGAUUUGGGAUUCAUAUGGAAAUUCUGUAUUUAUGAGUGAAAAACUCACACAUCCAGUAACAUCUCAUUGUUGGAAGUCUGAUGGAAAUUUGCUAGUUGUUAGUUGUUACAACAAAAUACUACUUUGUAAUCAAUACGGAAUAGUCCUGUCGACAGAUUAUGUUGAUUGUGGAAGCAUUUGUUCGCUUUGUUGGUCACCGGAUAGUACUCAAGUUGCUGCUGUGUGCGCUAAUGGAAGACUAAUGAUUUCUACUUUGGUCGAAAGAAGUAUUUCGAGACGGAAUUUUCAUUGUUUGAUCACGUCGCGGAAAACAAUGACCGUGAAGGACGUAUUAAACGAAACCAAAGAAAACCUCGAUUUCCCCGAACGUAUCGUCCACGUAGCUAUGGAGUACAAUCAUUUAAUAGUCACUACUUGCACUCAAUGUUUUGUUUAUCAAAUGCCCAAUCUAAACACUCCGCAAAUUAUCAAUUUAAAAGACACGAACGUGUUUAUGAUAAUUUUGACUGAAAAGUAUUUUGCUAUAUUAUCGAUAAGUCGAGUCGACAUUUACACAUUUGACUGUAAAUUGGUUUCAUCUCCUAAAUGGCCGAAUAUGCAAUGCGACAUAGUUCAAAAGAAUCACAUAUCCAUAUCUGAUCAUAUAUUGGCCGUAAGAGAUCAACUGAAUGACAAAAUGAUACACGUGUUUGAAAUAUCACCGUUGAGUACAUUGCCCACAAUUAAACACGGAUUUGGAGUUACUGAUAUACAGUUGAUGACCACCAAAAUCCAAGAUAAACGUUAUUUGGCGUUGAUUGAUUUAAGCAUGAACAUAUUUAUCGUCCAUAUAGGGCAUAAAGACGAUGCUAAGACAUACAAACUUGGUUCCAUGUUUCAUAGCAUGUGCUGGAACAGUCAAACAGAAUCACUGGCUGCGUUGCAGUACACAAAUCUAAUAGUGUGGUACGACCCUAUACUUUUACUGAACGACCAAAUCCUUGUGCGGAAGUCGCUAGAAAAAAGUGAUUUGAGUUUUUACGGUAACAAGUUAAAUAUCGAGUUGUACGAAGACAAUAUGGUGAGUCUGAUCAACACAGACGGCGUCAAGAUAUUUGUCCAGGUGUCCCCUUACCUGGAAGCUAUGAAGAAUUACAUCGGUUCGAAUAAAUGGAUGGAAUGUCGAACUGUUUGCCGAGACAUGAAGAAUGAAGCGAUGUGGGCACUUCUGGCGGGUUCUGCUGUGUUGGCUAAACAGCUGGACACUGCCGAAGAGUGUUUUCUUGCCAUCGGGCAGAUCGAGCGAGCAACAUUUAUCCAACACAUAAAGGCAUUGAUAGAUCUUUAGAUAUUGACCACUAUACAUAUUAUACAGUGUAUUAUGAUAAUAAGUAAUGCAUAGUAUACGCAUAUAUACCUAUAGUGUCAGUUCUCAUGGGGUCCCAAGACAUCAGUAGUAAUUUGCAGUAACCGCUCAGUUUUAUAGCUUAUAGAUCCUAGAAACAAAAAACAAUGAUGUUUAUUUUCAUAAAGAAUCUUCAAACAAAUUAAGGCGUUUAAAACCUAUGUAUCGUAUAUAUUAGUGCACUGUCGUUUUUGCAUACCUACCAAUGUAUUGUAUACACCUAUCUACGUAUAAUACUAUAAUAGUAUAAUCAGUGGCGUAUAUACGAAUUAUUUUCACAAUGGGCCAAUUUAUCACUAGUAAAGCAUAGCACUGACAAAGGCAUAAGGCAUAACUAUGAAUUCUUUAGGGAGCCGAGUGGUUAUAAUAAUUAUAACAUAAACAAUACAAAUAAAGAUUGCACAAUUUUGUUUUAUAAUUAUUAUGUAAAAUUCAUUUUUAUAUUUAAAAAAAAAUAUAUUGACAAUUUCAUCUGUAUAUUUUAACGUUAUAUUACAAUGAAUUGAAUAUCAAAGUCAUUAAGGGGAUUCGAUACCGUGAUUUUCUGUUUCCGUCUAACACACGCGUGACAUAGUAUUUUAGACGUGUUU